UAGAUGGCAGUAUGAACCUAUUUUGUUGCCAAUGAGCACACAGAAGAAUAACGCCAGAAAAGCAUUGCGACAGGUUAACGCUUUGUUGAUGUCUGAAUUGUCAAGUUCGCCUUGCUCACAUCUGCAUUGAUCCCAGUGUAUGAGAGUCAUGGCAGAGCGAGGAGCUCAUUUAACAACAGCAGCUCCAGCUGAAGACAGACCGUCCAUAUUCGAGAUUUUAGCUCAGGACUCUUUGAUGAGUGCUGUUAAACCUGCAUUACUUCAUGCUGUGAAGAUCCUUGCUACGUCGAAUCCCGCUCGCUAUGGAUUUCUUUGGCAGAGGUUUGAUGAGAUUUAUGCUAUCCUGGACGUGUUAUUGCAGCAUCAUUUCCUUUCCCACACCAGCGCCUCAUUUUCGGAGAAUUUCUACGGUCUGAAGCGUGUAGGAGAAGACAGCACACGUGCAGCUCAUCUGGGACUCCGGCGCAGACAGCACUGGCACUCUUUGUUCCUACUGGCCCUCCUUCCUUACCUACACACCAAACUGGAAAAAGUCCUGGCUCGACAGAGAGAUGAGGACGAUUUCUCCAUCCGCUUGCCGCAGUCCGUCAUGCAGAAGUUGUACAGGGCUUUUUUGGCUGCGUACCCCUUUGUGUGCAUGGCCUGGGAUGGCUGGGUCUUUUGCCAUCAGCUUUUGUAUGUUUUCGGCAAAACACAGACACAUUCUCCGCUUCUGUGGCUGGCAGGGGUUAAACUCUCAUAUCUCACAGCUAAUGACAUACACAGCCAAGAUCUCAAGCCAUCAGGCCCGGCACUGAGCCCCAGUCAAAGCUUUGGAGAGAAAUUUCAGCGUCUGGUCUCUACGGCAGUUGGUGGUUUGGCUGUGUCUCUUUCAACCAGCCUCUCGAUUGGAGUGUUUUUCCUGCAGUUCCUGGAGUGGUGGUAUUCAUCCGAGAACCAGAGCACCGUUAAAUCCUUGACCUCCCUCCCAACCCCUCCGCCGCCUCUCCACCUGCACAGCCAGGAGACUUCAAACACACACAUCAAAGUCUGCCCGCUCUGCAGGAAAGUGCGCAGCAAUGACACUGCGCUUGCCACUUCAGGCUAUGUGUUUUGUUAUAAGUGUAUAUAUGUGUACGUUAAAGCCAAUCACAGGUGUCCCCUCACUGGCUACCCUUCAGGACUGCAGCACCUCAUUAAAAUAUACACACCUGAUGGAUAGACAGGUCAAAUCUGUUUAAUUUGGUUUCCAAGAUGCAUUAUUAAUGUGGAUCUGUCUGAUUUUACAUAAUUAUUGCACAUUGUUCAGGUGAACAACAGGUUUAGUGUUAAUUGUUAUUCUAAGGAAUGUUAAAAAGCUUUUAAGUUAAUAAAUUAGUGUAAUUAAAUGAUAUAUAAUAAUGGACUAUUAUUUUAUGAAAUGUGUAAAUAUUACAUUUGUACAGAUAUCAUCAUUGCCGACUCUUAUUCAAGAGUCACUAGAGAACAGGGGCGUUUCCUCCGAGUAGGCAAGGGAGGUAGUGUCUCCUCAAAAUUGUCUCCCCAAAAAAUUUGUAGUACAAAAAUAAAACAACGCCAAUAUUACAAAAUAUAACAUAAAAAAAAAUUAUAAAUCACUCGUUUUUCUAAAAGAAACUUUGUCCAACCACGACACCAGCAGGUAAAAUUGCAGC